AUGCUCCGCCGGCCCCGCACGGCGCCUGCCGUCCUCCCGGCGCUGCUUCUGCUGCCGCUGCUGCUGGGCGGCCGCCCCGCCGCCGCCCGCUGCCCCGCGCCCUGCCGCUGUGCUGGGUACCUCGUCGCCUGCAGCCGCCUGGAGUUGAGCCGGCUGCCCGAGCGGCUGCCGCGGGGGGCGGUGCAGCUGGACUUAAGUUACAACAAAUUAUCUUCAAUCAAGACCGGUAUCUUGGAUCACCUUCAUAGUCUUCAGGAAGUGAAAUUGAACAACAAUGAACUGGAGAUCAUUCCAGAUUUGGGACCCGUCUCGGCAAAUAUAACUGUUCUGUCUUUGACCAGUAACAAGAUUGCCAACAUUUUGUCUGAACAUCUGAAGCCAUUUCAGAGUCUAGAAACUUUGGACUUGAGCAACAACAACAUAUCGGAGCUAAAAAUUUCAUCAUUUCCAUCAUUGCAACUCAAGUAUCUGUAUAUUAACAGUAACCGAAUAACCUCUAUGGAGCCUGGUACCUUUGACAAUUUGUCUACCACACUUCAAGUAUUGAAACUGAACAGGAACAAAAUUUCAGCAAUUCCUCAAAAGAUGUUUAAACUCUCCCAUCUGCAGCACCUGGAGCUGAAUCGCAACAAAAUCAGAAAAAUAGAUGGGCUCACUUUCCAAGGACUUCCUGCUUUGAAAUCAUUAAAACUGCAGAGAAAUGGGGUUACAAGGCUCAUGGAUGGUGCUUUCUGGGGUUUGACCAACAUGGAAGUCUUGCAGCUGGACUAUAACAACUUAACAGAGGUAACCAAAGGCUGGCUUUAUGGCUUACUGAUGCUGCAGCAACUCCAUCUCAGCCAGAAUGCCAUCAGCAGGAUCAGUCCUGAUGCCUGGGAAUUUUGCCAGAAACUCAGUGAGCUAGAUUUGACAUUCAAUCAAUUAGCAAGGUUAGAUGAUUCAAGCUUCAUUGGUUUAAGCGUGCUGGUUGGUCUGUACAUUGGAAACAACAAAGUAAAUUACAUUGCUGAUUGUGCCUUCAAGGGACUUACCAGUCUGCAGAUUUUGGAUCUGAAAAACAAUGAAAUAUCAUGGCCUAUUGAAGAUAUGAAUGGUGCUUUCUCUGGCCUAGAUAAACUUAGGAAGCUGAUACUCCAAGGAAACAGGAUUAGAUCCAUUACAAAGAAAGCAUUUUCUGGUUUGGAUGCACUUGAACACCUAGAUCUAAGUAACAAUGCAAUUAUGUCAGUUCAAGGAAAUGCAUUUUCACAAAUGAAGAAACUCAAAGAAUUGCACUUCAACACAUCAAGUCUCUUGUGUGACUGCCAGUUAAAAUGGCUACCACAGUGGAUGUCAGAGAAUAACUUCCAGAGCUUUGUAAAUGCCAGUUGUGCCCAUCCUCAGCUGCUAAAAGGGAGAAGUAUUUUUGCUGUCAGCUUGGAUGGGUUUGUCUGUGAUGAUUUUCCUAAACCACAGAUCACUGUCCAGCCAGAAACGCAGUCAGCAAUUAAAGGCUCCAAUUUGAGUUUUGUGUGUUCAGCAGCCAGCAGCAGCGAUUCCCCAAUGACUUUUGCAUGGAAGAAAGACAACGAAUUAUUGCAAGAUGCUGAAAUGGAGAAUUACGCACACCUCCGGGCCCAGGGUGGAGAAGUGAUGGAGUAUACCACCAUCCUUCGACUGCGCAAUGUUGAAUUCAGUAAUGAAGGGAAAUACCAGUGUGUUAUUUCAAAUCAUUUUGGUUCAUCCUACUCUGUCAAAGCCAAACUUACAGUAAACAUGCUGCCUUCAUUUACAAAAAUCCCCAUGGACUUAACCAUUCGAGCUGGGGCAAUGGCACGUUUGGAAUGUGCUGCAGUUGGACAUCCUGUCCCACAGAUUGCUUGGCAGAAAGAUGGUGGAACAGACUUUCCUGCAGCACGCAAGAGGCGUAUGCAUGUCAUGCCUGAAGAUGAUGUAUUCUUUAUUGUUGAUGUAAAGAUCGAGGACACAGGUGUUUACAGCUGUACUGCACAAAACACUGCUGGAAGCAUUUCGGCUAAUGCAACAUUAACAGUACUAGAAACACCAUCAUUUUUGCGGCCUUUGCUGGAUCGAACUGUAACAAAAGGUGAAACUGCAGUCUUGCAGUGCAUUGCUGGUGGUAGUCCUCCACCCCGACUGAACUGGACUAAGGAUGACAGCCCUCUCGUGGUAACAGAAAGACAUUUCUUUGCUGCAGGCAAUCAGUUACUAAUUAUUGUGGAUACAGAUGUAGAAGAUGCUGGGAAAUACACAUGUGAAAUGUCUAAUACACUUGGAACAGAACGAGGCAACAUCCGUCUUAAUGUAAUUCCUACUCCCACCUGUGACUCUCCUCAAAAUAUUGCCCCAUCACUUGAUGAUGAUGGAUGGGCCACAGUUGGCAUUGUGAUCAUAGCUGUGGUUUGUUGUGUGGUGGGCACUUCCUUGGUGUGGGUGGUCAUCAUCUACCACACCAGAAGGAGAAAUGAAGAUUGCAGCAUCACAAAUACAGAUGAAACAAAUUUGCCUGCUGACAUUCCAAGUUACCUGUCAUCGCAGGGGACACUGGCUGAAAGGCAGGAUGGAUAUGGCUCAUCUGAAAAUGGCAGUCAUCAUCAGUUCCUCUCGUCUUCUGUAGGAGGGUAUUUCCUGCAGCAGAGGGACAGUAAUGGCAUUUGCCAUCUAGAUAACAGCAGUGAAACGGACUUGGAGGGUGUUGCAGAUCCACUCCUAUGCCACUAUCUGGGGACUUCAGGGACUUUGUAUUUAAAAGGCAGUGCUUACAGUUCUGACACAUUUGAAGCAUACAGUACAAGUUGCAGCCCUGACCAAAGAACAGCAGGCUUGGGCCCUUAUGAGUCUGGAUAUUUAAAGAAAAAGGAAUGCUAUCAAUGCUCACCUCCACAGGAAGAUCCCUUUGACCAGUGUGUUGGCAUUAUUGGGACACAGGCUACAGGUAGCAGAUUGAUGAACUCUAUUUAUACUCAAAAUGAAGAAACUGGACUGAAAAGCAAAAGUCCCAACUGGGACACAUUUGAUAUAAACAGAAGUUUGGAACCCUCAUGUAUUACAAGUAACAGCACUUUCAUGGGAACAUUUGGAAAGCCUUUAUGGAGGCCUCAGCUGGACUCUCUUUCAAGCUGUAGACAGCCAGCAAAUUGGCAACCAACAACGUCCCAUAAUAAUCAUCGUGUCUCACUGGGCUUUGAUGCAGAGGCAGUUGAAGAGGGAAAGGAAAAGACAGUUUCUAGAGGAGAAAAUAGCUUUUAUACUUGCAAACAGUCCUUUGAAAACUUCAGGACUUCUACUUUCCAAUCUUGUGAUUUGGAUACGUAGCUCCUUUUGGACUUGCUGAUAUCUGGAACCGAAGAAAUAAUUUGACAUACUACUACCUCAGUAUGGAACUUUAUUUAAAAAGGGAAUAAGGAGAAGAAGGGAAGAAAGAAACCACAUGAUGCUCUGAAAUCCGAAGAAGAAAAAAUAUUUCUUUUCCAGUAAAGCAUAAUUUCUAAGAUGCUCUACAUUUGUUAUACAGGGAAAAAAAGUCGGUAUAAAAAUACUAUAUUUGUAAUUAUUUUAUAGCCUUUUUUUAUGCAAAGAAUAUGUUUUGUAAAUUAAUGGUGUAAAUAAUACAGCAUAUGUAUUUCUAUGUCAGAUUUCAUUUUCUUGAAAUGAGUAGUAAGCAUUCUAAUUUUGUACUGUUACUUGUACCUUUUUACAAAUGGGAACUCCAUGCUGUUAGCAGGUAUCAUGCAUCUUAUUUGCACAUUACUUUAAUAAAAUAUGCUGCCAUGUGGUCUUUGACCAACAUUAGUGUA